ACUCCUCCCAAAGAGAGAAAAAGAAAAUGGGAGAAAAGAAAAGCACCUUGGCAAAUUAAGCAUAAAGGAAAGGCCAUAAAUGUAAUUUGAAAGAGCCGCUAAAAGCAAAGCAAAGCAAAGCUAAGCUUGAAAUCUGCUCACAUCUCCCAAAAACUUUGAUCCCCCACUUUCUUCGCUUUUCCUUAACCCCUAAGUCUCCUCCUCCUCCUUCUUCAUCUUCUUCUUCUUCUUCUUUAUUAUAUAACACAAAGAGCAUCCAAAACAAAAGCUUUUAUAUGUGUUCUUCAAUGGCAGAUACAGAGCCUAACAACAUGAUCAAACACCAAAAGCUAGUUACAGAGCAAAACCAAACAAACCCAAGUAAGUAUUAUUCACAGUUUCUAUACAAAGCACUCAUAGUUACAGUUUUCUUAGUCAUUCUUCCUCUGUUUCCUUCCCAAGCCCCUGAAUUCAUAAACCAAACUGUAUUCACCAGAAGCUGGGAGCUUCUACACCUUGUUUUUGUCGGUAUAGCCGUUUCUUACGGGCUAUUUAGCCGGCGAAACGACGAAACAGAGAAAGAUUUUAACAACUCCAAAUUCGAUAAUGCGCAUUCGUAUGUGUCUAGAUUCCUUCAGGUAUCAUCGGUUUUUGAUGAUGAGGCCGAAAUUCCAUCUGGGUCGGAUGAGAACAAGGUUCAAACAUGGAGUAGUCAGUACUAUAGGAAUGAUCCAAUGGUGGUUGUAGCUCAAGAGAACUCUGUUCUUGAUGAACAGAGAAGUACAAGUUCAAUAAUCGGCGAAAAGCCACUGCUUUUGCCUGUUAGGAGCUUGAAAUCACGUGUGCCUGACCCAGUUGUCGUUGAAUCUGGUAAUGAAUUUGAAUCUAGUGGCUCCUCUGGAGGUUCAAUUAGUAGGUCUAAUUCAAAACUGAGUUCGAAAAGGUUUUCGGGCAAUUCGAAUAAUAGAAGUAGAAACGGGGAAUCUGGAGGUUCAACUCAUGUAGACAUGGAGGAUGAAAUGAUGGAAAAUGAUGUGCUUCCUUCACCAAUUCCAUGGCGAUCAAGGUCUGGAAGAAUGGAAAUGACAGAAGAAGUUGAUAGUCCUCUCUUGUAUACUCUGCCCCCUUCAAUGGACGAAUCGGAAUUUAAUAGGCUUGAGUCUCGGUCUUCAAGGUCCCAAAGCUCUCGCUCAUCGCGAACCAAUUCCAGUACUUCUUCAGCAAAGCUGUCUCCUUCAACAUCACUUUCUUCGCCAAGGAAGUUAUCUCCUUCGCCUUCUAUGUCAACAGAGUCACAAGCUAAGAACGCAGAGGAUUCGGUGAAGAAGAAGAGCUUUUACAAGUCUUCUCCCCCUCCUCCACCUCCACCGCCCCCACCAAUGAUUCCUAAAGCAUCUUCGAUGAAGCUGUAUUCUAGUUCGGUUAAUGAAGAAUUUUCAUUGGAGAAGGAUAUAAGGCGAAGCUUCACGAGUGUGCCAAAGGACUUGAAUGGAAACAGAGGUGAAAAAUUGAUGAGCAGAGUGAAUUCAGGGGUGGAAUCGAUGCCUAGAAGCCAGGUUGAUGGUUUGUCAAUGGGAAAGUCAGUCAGAGCAACAAGAGCUGGUGAAGCAAUGGCGGGGGCGUGGAACGUCGGAGAUUUCGGAGAAGAUGCAAUGAAUGGAAAUUUGGAGACAUGGCCAAAGGAAGCUCAGCCAAAUUUUGUGGAAAAAUCAGGCAGAAAGACAAUGGGAUUUGAUCAAACUUCAUUCAGGACAGAGAAAUUGAGCCGUGAAAGUGGACCCGUGAUGUCAAAGCCAACUUUCAUGGAGUUUGAAGAGGAAGAGAAAGAAGAUUUUGUUGACACAGUGACCAUGGUUUCUGAUGAAGACACAGAAAGUGAGGAUGAAGAUGUUAGAGAGAGUUUUAUCAAAACUGGUAUUGGAGGAAGUUCAAGCAAUGGAGGAAGUUCAAGCAAUGGAGCAAGUUCAAACAAUGAGAGAGUUGCUUCAAGCAGUGUCAAUUAUGGAGGACCUGAUGUGGAUAAGAAGGCUGAUGAGUUCAUUGCCAAAUUCAGAGAGCAAAUUAGGCUUCAGAGAAUUGAGUCCAUCAAGAGAUCGAGCGGGCAAUUGAAGAGAAAGUCUUCGAGGUAAAAUUGAAGAUCCUUCAUUCCCCAAGAGUUCAAUAGGAUGGAUUCAAAUCAGGGGUUAAAAAACUUCCCUUCUUUUUUUCCCUUUGUUUUAUGUUUCUUUUCUUGGUAUGGUAUACAAAGAUUUGCAUGGUUUACAUUUGUGUAAUGGCCAAUUGCACCGGAAUUGUUGAUGAUCAUUAAACUUGCAUCUUCUUGAUUA